AUGCCGCGUCACAAACAACCAGGCGCUCCAGAACCGAAACGAAGAAGCCGCAAAGGUUGUUGGCAGUGUAAGGCAAGGAAAGUUAAAUGUGGCGAAGAGCAUCCCGCCUGCAAAAACUGUCUUAAAAACGGCAAUGUCUGUGAUUACAGCGUUCGCCUUAACUGGGAGGGCCGUCGCGCUAAACGACCCGUUGCCGACGACGGCGGCCACAGCAGUCCUACGUCCAGCAGCAAGCCGAUGCAGUGGUUCCAUGAAUUUCCAACCGAAAGUGACCGAUUCCAAGAUGCUUCUGUAACGUGGAAUCAGCAAAUAGACGAUUCAGAAGUCCCAGACGAGAGCAAAGUAGAUCAACUUGCCCCAGCAGCUGUGAGUGACAACAAUGCAACGACAACCAACGCCACCGCCAAGAAAACGAAGUCAAGUAGCCGGACUCUGGUCUUCAUCGAUGAGUCCCAGCACCUUCUGAGUAGCACUAAGUCAUCCGAAGGAUGUAUCGCAAAGAGGCGACUUGCAAACUCACAAGGUACUACAUCGAUAAGCUCUACCCGCAGAAGCUCACUGCUAAAUUCGCCCGCUUUGGGUGGCGGGAGCCACAAGAAAACCAAGUCGUUUACCGAGGUCACGAAGCUGGAUAUUGGACAGUCUCAACUGAUGUCUUGUGCCAGAUCUACACAGGGAACUGGCUCAUCAACCUCCUGGUUCACGUACCCAAGUGUAUUCGACGGCCCACUUACCCCUGCCCCUUCAUCCAACAGCGAUGACAUUAUGAACCGGCCAGGCUGGGCGGAAUUUCCGUCUCUCGGGUCUCCUGAUUCGUGGGUUUCUGGUAACGGUGAGUCUGAGAACUCGCCAACUCAGUCUGGAUGUCUGUGGGAAGAACCUGUCGCACACGGUCUUCAAGAGACUCUGAGCAACUCUGAUGUGUAUCCUUGCGGAGAUGGAGCUCUUUAUGGAUACGAUACUGGGGCAGCAGAUGAAGAUUUGCUCAAAAGUGAUGAUGCCAAUAAUGUAGUUCUGCUUUCACCAGCAGCGUACAACUCUACCCAUGGGAUCGUAGACUUUGGCGAAGAAGCCAUGCUUCGACAGAAGGUUAAAGGAAUCAGUGGCCUAAAUCAAUCCUACUAUACGAACGUGGUUCCGGUAGUGAUUCCGUGGGCUCUCGAGCCAUUACCAGACAUACUGAAAGAAAGCAAUAUGAACCUGGUGUACUUUCAUCACUUUUUGGACCAUACGUCCCAAGUCUUGGUACCAUACCAUGACGCAGGAGCAAAUCCGCUUCGAACGCAUCUUGCAGUUCUAGCCCUUAAAAGCCGGCCACUGAUGAGUCUUAUACUUGCUUACUCGGCCUGUCAUCGCUCGCAACUGUUGGGUACAGACCUGCCUCAAAUGCGUAUGGCAGAGUGGGCACAGUCGAUCUUCCCGGCGUUAAGAGAGCCCGUACUGGAUAACUCGUCUACUGUAUCAGAUGUUACGCUGGCUAUGGCGGUCAUUCUCGUUGCGUUGGAGAUUAUGUCUCCUGGAGCGUUUGGCCACGGCGUUUCGUGGCGGGAGCAUAUUGCCCAUGCGAGGAGUCUUCACGUUAAGCCUUUAGACCUUACUUCUGACGAUGUUACCACAGAUGGAUUUGGGUUUCUCCAGAGCUGGCUGGCGUACAUGGACGUCAUGGGGAAUCUCGUGGCAGGACCACGGGUCGAGUUGACGUGCAAGCCACAAGCCUACUUUGCUUUGACAGAGGCAUCCAAAUGUGCUGAAGACUUGGACGAAAUUGAUUGUAUGAUGGGGAUAUCAGUGAAAUGCGCUCGUCUACUCGGCCAAGUGGCAGAGCUAGCAAAGCAAUGUCAAGGCGAACGGUUCAGACUGGACGGCCGGCUGUUACAUGGCUGGACUCCUAACUCUGCCAUUGCUGAGCAGGCACUGUCUUUAGAGCAGCAGCUGAUGGAAAGUUUAAGGCAAUCUUCUAGGCCGUGCGCCCAUGUGUGUGCCGGCAAUAUUUACAUGACGGAUCUAGCGGAAAUGGCUGCCAUGAACGAGGCUUUUCACUGGGCUGGGUUGAUACACCUACGGCGAAGAGUUCUCGGGAAGGAUAGGGGUGAUCCCGAUAUCCAGGGGCAUGUGGAAAAGAUUCUGAAAUGUCUGGAUCACAUCCGGGUUGGAGGAGCUGCUGAAACGCGCUGCUUAUUCCCAAUGUUUACAGCAGGCUGUGAAGCGCCUGGUGACAGACAUCUAGCCAGAAUUGUCGGUCGACUAGUUGGUGCAGAGAGAAGUGGUUUGAAGCAGAUACGCUCGGCUCGGUUACUCCUUGAGCAAGUCUGGACUACCGGCAGCAGCUGGGAAGAGCUCAUAAGCAACGAAUUUAUCGCAUGA